GGACCAACGCUCUUGAUCGUGUUAUGGACCUUGGCAGUUCUAACGAUAGUCGUGCUGACGGGCCGCAUCUACAUCCGAGCAGGCUUGCUGCACAUUCUGGGGUUAGACGACUGGCUGAUUGUAUUUCAGCUGCUCAUGGGACUUGUAUACUGCAUUCUCACGACCAUCAACGUCCGACUCGGCUUCGCAAAGCACGCGUGGUUGUUGAGUGCCGCCACAGUCGAAUAUGCGACCUCCCUCAACUGUCUCAGUCUUCUCUUCGGCAUCAUCUCGUUCACCGUUCCUAAGCUAGCCGUGACGACAAUGCUGAACCGGAUCCUGAAUGCCAGCCACAUUCAACGUGUUUGCCCCAAGACACUCAGCACAUUGGCAGCGAUCAUAUCUGGAGUAUCCAUCAUUAUUCUGUUCACCAUGUGCGACCCACCUCGGGCUCCGUGGCAGGCCGGCCUUGUCGCGGAGGGCAAAGCUACCUGCAAGAAUUUGUGGAUGUUGAUUGACUACGCCAUCUUUACUGGAGCUCUAUCCGGAUUUGUCGAUCUAGUCCUCGUGAACUAUUCCAGCACCGUGCUGAUGAAGUCUCAUAUGUCGCUGCGUACACGCCUGACGCUGUGCGCAGCAUUAGGCCUCGGCUCGGGGUAUGUUCGGCAUUCGUUCGCUUUGAAAGGUCCGGCUGACCAAGAAGCCUACACAUACGGAACCGCAGACCUGUUCAUCUGGACUAAAUUGCAAUGCAUCGAGUCCAGCAUCGGGAUCAUCGCUUCCUGCAUCCCCAUGCUCCAGCCUUUUCUUGAACUGAUGCUUGGCAACCGCACUGCGAGCUCAUACAACAACAGUCGCAACCGAUACAAGGGGUACAAUUUGCCGGAGUAUUCCCACUGGAGCCAUAGCAGGAGCUCAAAAUUAAGGAAGAUGGAUUUUGCUGUUGCAACCGUCGAGAGCCAGAAGAAUAUCCUCCCUGAUGCAGAGGGGGAGCAAGGAGGAGAGGGGGGUCAUAUGCUGGGGAUCAUUCGGCGGACGGAUGCCGUGAUCGUUGAGCAUGUGGGAAGAGGGGAGCCGUGGUUGUGCGGUCGCCGACUGUGUGGUAAUUUUUUGCAUGGAUUAGCACACAACAAGAGGAUCUUUCCCAUACACCGACUCUUCCCAAGCUCAGAAAAGAUUACAACUGGCCUGCACCAGCCCCAUAUUAAGGACUACAAACCUGCUGACUAG